AUGCACAGCUCAAUUACUGCACACUGCUGGCCCCCAGUGUGUUCUGAGGGCCUGGCCACGUGUCCCAGGGAUCUGGGGAUGGUGAUGGUAAAUCACCUCCCGUCAUUGGCACAGGCCUCCAAAGGCCUCAGCCUGGUGGCAACUCCGGCUCCCUCCACUCCAGAGGGGCUGGCUCUGCUCAGGCAGCCGGGAUCUGGUGACAGGAAUGCUCAGCAGCGCUUUGUCUUACAAGAUCACAUUGCUCCAGCAAACAGCGAGUCAGCAGAGCCCUGCCCGCCUGGCAAUGUGCUCCCUGCCCGGGGGGAGCUGCACAGGCUGAGGGGGCCCAAAAUCCCCCUGACCGCCCGGCCCUCAGGCCCUGCCAGCACACACAGGCGCUGCUCAGGAGCAGGAGCUUCUGGUUGUGCGCUGGAGACCCAGAGGAGAGCCAUCAGCAUUAAUGAUGUCACCAUGGAGAGCCACACGGCGAGGACAGAGGGAAGCGCUUUCCCAAGGCUGGUCUUGACAACAUACCUUGGCUACGAGCAGCUGGCAAUGAAAAAUGGAGUGUGCACCUCCAGCCCCUGCCUAACCCUCUCGGUGAUUUAUUUCAAGAAUAGUCUAGUGGCUUCUUUUUUUAAUACCUGAAUGAAAGACAGGCUUUCUAA